UGCAUUAGCCGAGGGCACCUUCCUGCUCCUCCCCUUCCCAGGAUCAAAAACUUGGGAUUUGAAUUUUAAUAAGGGGGGGAUUUGCCUCUGCAGGGCUGCAGAUCUUCCGCAGCGGGGCUUUGUGCCGUGGGGCUGGGCGGAGGAGAAGCGCUGCGCGAGAGCGCUGGCUGGGGCGAGGAGCCUGGAGCCGUCCGAGCAGGGCGCAGGCAGAUCCAGCUGCCGAGGAGGAAAGGGAGAAACAUCUGGAGGAGCCUGCAAGGCAGGAACAACACAAAGCUGCUUGAAUGGGAAACCUGUUGGCUGCAGGUUCAGCUGGUUUCUUUCAGUUAGCCAUGACUGCUGGGCUGCAUGAGAAAGCGUGUCUAUCCAGUCCCCACAGUGGCAGAUGUUAAGUGGCCGGAGGUGUUACGUAUGCCCAGGUGCUGAUCUAUCCUUUCACCUGGUCUGAGGUAAAAAACUUGGGAUUUGAAGGGGAUACCAGGCUCGAGCACUUGAACUGAGAGAGAACCAACCCUAGGAAGACAAGGGGGCAGGUGUGGAGAUACUUAUGAGGAGCUAAACUGUGGGCAACACCUUGUGGAAAUGGAGGAACAAACCCGAGCAGGCGCCGAGGCAGGAGAAGGAUCUGGGAGAUCAGGAAGAGGCGCUUUUCCAGUCCAGUCUGGUACUCCCCGGGAUUUGUCCCGAUGGGGAACACCGCGCCAGGAAGGGAUACCUCAGCGCUUGGAAGCCCAGUGGCAAGAGUACUUGAAAACUGUCCAGUAUCCCUCUUCAGGGUGGGGAACGCCACAGCUGCCGGACUUGGCUUCGUGGGAUGACUUGGCCACCUUUGACCGCGUGGUGGGUGCCUGCCAGUGGUCUAGAGAAGGGAUGAGCCGCCUCAUGCCGACUCUCAGCGCCGAAGCCCAGCAGGCCUUGAGCAGCCUGAAUGCCAGAGACAGAGGGGACCACGGGAAGGUGAAAGCAGCUGCCUUGCGAGGCAGCUCCAGUGUUGCCGAGACGCAGCGCCAGCGCUUCCGCCAGUUCUGCUACCAGGAAGCGGAGGGGCCUCGCGAGGCCUGCAGUCGCUUACGGGAACUCUGCCAUUGCUGGCUGGAACCGGAGAGCCGCACAAAGGAGCAGAUCCUGGAGCUGCUGAUCCUGGAGCAGUUUCUGACCGUCCUGCCAAAGGAAAUCCAGAACCGGGUCCGAGAACGCGGACCCGAGACUUGUGCCCAGGCGGUGGCCCUGGCCGAAGGAUUCCUUCUGAGGCAGCAGGAGAGUUUGCAGAAUGAACCACAGGACUCUGGUUCGUUCCGGGAGACAGCCACGAAUCUCUCUGAAGGCCAGAGGGCUGUGUCUGAUGCCAGACAGAGGCAUCUUGCUAAGGAGGCCCGACAGCAGGAUAAUGGGAAGACCAGCUUAUUAGGUGCCAAGAAUGCAAACAGAGCUGGUGGUCCAUUUCAUCAAGGGGCCAAGGAAGAGGGAACACGUUCUACUUCCGGGCUGGUUCCUAGGAAGGAGAAAUCCCACAUCUGUAUCGACUGUGGCAAAUGCUUUGCACGUCCAUCUGACCUGGCUAAGCACGAGAACAUCCACACCGGUGCAAAGCCCUUUCGCUGCAUGGAGUGCGGAACAAGAUUCAGCCAGCUGUCUCACCUGACCCGACACCAGAGGAUUCACACGGGAGAAAAGCCACACAUCUGCACCGAGUGUGGAGCAUCCUUUGCCCAGCGGGCCUCUUUGGUUAGCCACCAAAGAGUCCACUCCGGGGAGCAGCCCUACCGCUGCUCUCACUGCCAGCAGUGCUUCAGCCACCAGUCGGCACUCAAGGUCCACGAACGCAUCCACACGGGGCAGAAGCCCUACAUCUGCCUGGAAUGCGGGAAGAGGUUUGUUUCCUCCUCCACGCUGAAGAUACACAAGAGGAUCCACACGGGAGAGAAGCCGUUUUCCUGCGCGGAAUGCGGGAAGCGGUUCAUCCAGCGCUCCAACCUCAUCUCUCACCAGCGAACGCAUUCCGGAGAGAAGCCCUUUUGCUGCGGUGUGUGCGGGAGAAGGUUCAGCUACCCGUCGGACCUGACCAGGCACCAGAAAAUCCACACGGGAGAGAAGCCCUUCCCCUGCGACGAGUGCGAGAGGCGGUUCACCAGGUUCUCGGAUCUUCUGAUACACCGCAGGAUCCACACCGGGGAGCGGCCAUACCGCUGCCUCGAGUGCGGGAGAAGGUUCCGGCAGAAGAGCGCUCUGGUGACGCAUCAGAGGAUCCACACAAAGGAGAAAGCGGCCGAGAAAAGCAAGCCUCUGGUAUCCCCAGAGUCGCAGGCAAAGAGCAAGCUGAAAGCAAGCGAGACUGAAGAGAAGGUAGACGUUCCAGAUAAAGAAAAGAAAGAUGUGUCAAGAGCUUAAAAGGAGCCUGGCUCAGCGUGUUCUCCCAGCUCCUGACUCCUUUCAACCUUACGAAGGAAGGCAAAUGCUAGAGGUUGUGCUGAGGUUUCUUCUGGGUUUGCUGAUAGGUCUCAUUCCUCUUCCAUGCCUGGCCCCUCUCAAGGACAUAGCUUGACUUUGUUUGGGGACAACCUAGCUCAGGACAUAAUAGAAGGUGCAAAUAACCUGCUUUUUCCUUGCCCCCUGUGAUUUGGCUACUGUGACAGACUCACCAGGGCAUUCGGGAAAGAUUGCUUCGCUCUGCAGUGACUGGAAACGUAAUUCAAAGCCCAGUUCCUUGCUUUCUUCCGAUUUUCAGCCUGUCAGAUGGACUCUGGUCCAAAAGAAGUCGCUGGCUCUGCUUGCAAGGCUUGUUCAGAGGACAUUGCUGACCAUGCAGCUAAGGCGAAUGGGAAUUUGCUCCAUGUACUGUACUGCUCUAAAAUUUCCCAGGAUGGAGCUCAAGAAGGGAGGACUCUGGUGAAGUCCUCUCAGGGCUGAUCUGUGUCAUCAUGCUUCUCUGCUUUUUAAGCAAAAUCUCUGUGAAUAUAGAGAUUAAGGGCCUGCCCACAAAAGUUCUUCAGACUGGGUUUCUCACUGCAUAGCUGGACCUGUAGGAAGGAGGGACCUCUGUUCAAAAGCAGCAGGAGAUCUGCUUUUCCAGGUGCUGCAAAUAGUAGAUGACUGUUGCCAUCAUGUUUCCCAUGUGGGGUUUCCUAAGGGGAUGUAUUUGGCCAUUGUCGAAUGCAGAGCAGCAUUUGUGAGAGGGGCAGGUGAACCUUUUCCCAUUAAUGUUACUUGUUCUUUUAUUAGUUAUAUAUAGUAUUUUUUAGUUCAAACUGAUACGGCAGUUAUUGUGUGUAUGUAUAUAUUUUAUUUUGGGUGGAAAGAUUAUUCUGUCCGUUAUAUUUUUGAUGAAGAAUAGUCCCUAAACCUUAGAGUAGCCUUCUACAUGUCGACUCGGCAGCACAUCCCAUUGAGGUCCAUGGGCCUUAGUCCUGGGUAAAUGUGUCUAGGAUUGCAGCCACAGGGUAGAAGUUAGCCUGAAUGAGUAUGUAGGAGCAGAGGGAACAACAUGGAGGUUGCUGUUAAUGGCCCAAAAUCUUUGGGAAUUGUCAAGUCUAGUAUUUAAACUUGAUGUGUCUUUUUACACAGAGAUAGCCACAAAUAAAAAGCAUCAUAAAAGGGGUCUCCUACCUUUUACCUGUAUGAAAUAAGUGAGUAACAUGAGGUCUGUUGGGGGACAGGAGCACCUAGAUUCGUUUUCUUCAACCGUUCUUCAGCAUUGUCAAAGGUGACCAUAUUGUGUAGCUGUGCAUUUGUGGGAUAGGAACACUGCACAGCCCCAUUGUACUGGAUGUGGCUCCUUACUCUCCCCCACCACCCAAACACACUUCAGCAAAUCCAAGGAGAGCCAUACAUAGCAAUUUAUUUGCAUGCCUGAAUCCCAUUGCAGGACCAGGGUAAAUCACACAUAUCCAGAGAUCCAUAUGCCAUGAUCCAUACAUCCACCAACCAGCCAUCGCUUAAUGAUAAUGGCAUCUUUCCCAUGAUGCCACAGAAGCGAAGGUGUCAGAAACAACAUCAGCAGUGAUGUCUGGGAGAUUCUGCUUAAAAGUCCUGCCAUGUUCACAUGGCUCAUGCAUCUGCACAGUGGGGCUCAUUGAAUUAGCAGCAUUAGGUGUGAUCUGGAGCUCUGGCCUGCAUAUUCUGAAAUUGAUUUGUCAGUACCCUUCCCCACAUAUCUCUCUCUCUCUGUCUCUCUCUCUCUCUCACACACACACACACACACACACACGCAAACAUACUCUUCCCCUAUGGAUCUCACAUGUACUUCUGCCCAAACUGAAGCACAUGCACACACAUGUGAUCAAAUCUACAGGCAUUUCUGUGUCCUGUAUGAGUUGUACGUCUUCCACAGUCUAGGGAAUCGCUGCUCUUCAUUUCGGAUACUGAGAACUAAGAUUCUGUGAAGUACACAUUGAUUAAUGUUAGGAGUUGUUUAAAGACUCCAAACUUUUUAUAACCCUGACACACCCUGGAUACCUUGGGAUCCUCUGAUUUAAAUAAACCAUUGGCAGCUUUUAGAUUUGCUUUGUAAAUAAUAAUGAAAUAGCAAUAAAUCAAUGUUUAGUUAUG